AUGCGGCAGCGGCAGACUGUGCGGUGGACGUGGAUCUGCCCCGUCCUUCGCGUUGCGGGUGUGUGGGUGCGCUGUGCGGCUGGCUUCUCCUCCGCGUGUCUCUCUUCCUCGCACGAUGGGGGUGCAGUGGUUCGCCUUUGCGGUGUGACGUCUGCCGCGGUGUGUGUUUUGGGGUGCGACUCCGAGUUAUUCGUCUGUCGUCGUCACGGGGGCGCAGAGGCGGCGUGGCCAUCGGUGCCGUGGCGUUUCGUUUUUGUGCGGCUCACGCGACGUGUUGGAGCCGCUGCUUUCGAGUGGGCGUGUGCCUGGUGCAGCUGGCCGCCGUGUGAGAAGCGUGGGGAAGUGCGGCCCGUUUCGCGCCCAACGGAUGCAGGUGACGGCGUCGCAGCAGCCGCGGUGGAGGGGCUGACGGGGAGUUUCCGCCGUCGGGGGCCGCUCGGUGUGUGUUGCCGCGUGGCAGCCAAACCGGCCGUGGUGGUUUCUGCUGCUUGCUACAGUGGUUGUGCUUUCGGUUUUUCCUCCUCUUCUCUGCUUGUGUGUCUCAGUGCGCCCGAGCUGCGGCGGGGAGCACUGCGGGGUUAG